CGCGCGUCUGUGUGUUCGAGGUUCAGUUUGAUCGGACGUCUGGUCAGAGUAGAGUGAAAACACCGGCUUCUGCAUAAGACAUGGAGCGAGCGAGUGCAGAUGCAUUGGAGGCAAAACCUGAUGGCUUCUUUGACAUUCUGGAUGAGAGGCGGCAGGAUAGUGACAUAAAGCACGCCCUUCGGACUUUUAACCCCCAGCCGUAUCGUGGGGCCACACCCACUUCAGCCAGCGCUCUCAACAGGAUGGUGCUGGAAUCCCAGUACUUGAGCUACAUCAUAAAGGAGAUCGCGCUUGAGAGUGAUGAACCACGUGAGGUAAUUCUCGAAGAGGCAUCGUCCAUUCUGGAGGAGAUGAGUCAGAAUCUUCAGCUGGGCUUCGUUCGUCUGCUGGGAUUCAUAAUGAGCAAAGUGUUUAAGAGUUUGUUUCGCUCUAUACAUGUCAACCAGGAUGGACUUACAUGGCUGCAGCAGGCCAUUCAGGAGUAUCCCGUUAUCCUGAUGCCCAAUCACAGAAGCUAUGUGGACUUUCUUGUUGUGUCAUAUAUCAUGUUCACCUAUGACCUCUCUCUUCCCGUCAUUGCAGCUGGAAUUCCUCUGAUGGGGAUGAAGCUGAUUGGUGAGAUGUUUCGGCGGUCAGGUGCAUUUUUUAUUCGUCGUGCCAUUGGCUCAGACAAACUGUACUGGGCAGUGCUAUCUGAAUAUGUCAGAACAAUUGUCCGGACAGGUUUUGCGCCUGUAGAGUUUUAUGUUGAAGGAUUACGGAGUCGUACACUGAAAUCUGUCACACCAAAGCUAGGAAUGAUGAACAUGGUGUUGGAGCCCUUUUUUAAAGGAGAAGUGUUUGAUAUCAGUCUAGUCCCCAUCAGCAUCAGUUAUGAUCGCGUGCUGGAGGGUUCCCUCCUUGCUCACGAGCUGCUGGGUGUGCCCAAACCUAAGGAGACCACUAGGGGUUUGCUGAAGGCCAGGACGGUGCUGAAGGAAGAUUACGGCUGCAUGCAUGUGUACAUUGGCAGCCCUGUGUCAGUAAGAGAAAGGGUGAAUGGAAAGUUGAACCGCAAACAGUACAAUCUUGUGCCCAGAUACUUGCCCAUGAAGCCCAAUAAGGAGACACAGGAGAUUGUGUCAGGUCUUGCCCACACAAUGGUCCGUUUGCAGGAGAGACAUGUAGUACAGAGCCCAUGGAACCUGAUGGCCUUUAUUGUCCUGCAGAAUCUCCAGGGCAUUGAUUUAGACCAGCUAACCCACAGAACGGUCUGGCUGAAAAGACUCGCCCUGCGGUUUGGAGCUCACCUCAACUGGCCCAAGCACAUUUCAGAUUCUGAGGUGAUGUCAUCGAGCAUAACACUGCAUCACUCAAUAGUGUGCUGUGAGAGGGGGCGUGUCAAUUUAGUGGAGGAGGCAGGUCAAGGACCUGUCAGUCAAGAGGAGGGCAUGCUCAGGCGUGCUGCUGCUGUGCUCAUGUGCACCUCCUACAGGAAUCAAGCUCUGCACAUAUUUACUCGACCUGCUAUGGUGGCCAUCGCUAUGACAACAGCUGCAAAUAAUAGGACUGAUGACCUCUUUCGUCGUUUUAACUUCCUGUUGGAACUCUUUUCCAAUGAGUUUGUCUUCAUUCCUGGUCAAGCGGUUCAGGAUUUUGAGGAGGGGUGUUCUUUGCUACAGCAGUCUGGCAUAAUUGGCAGCUCCAAUAAAGAGUUUUACGUGAGAGAUGAUGGCCAGGAAACCGUCGCCUUCCUCAGAGCGAUUCUGCAGCCGUUAAUAGAGAGUUAUCAGGUGGCGUUUCGGUUCCUGUGUGAGGAGAGCUCACUGACAUUCAGAGAAAAGAACUUCUUACCCAUCGUCCGCAGUUUCAUCAUGAAGCUCCUUAUUUCAGGUGAAGUUCAUUCAUAUGAGUGUUUAUCAUCUGAUGUACAGAAGAAUGUUCUCUCUGCUUUGCUCAGGUUGGCUGCUGUGACCAAAACCAAAGUUGAUGAGCAGAAUGAGUUCACAGUGAAUAAAGCUGCAGUGAAGAGAAUAUGGGACCUGCUAAGUAAAUGCAUUGAUAUUUUUGUACUGGAUCAAUCAAAGACACUACACAAAUGAUUCAAUCUCUGACUAAUUAAAGUUUGGCCCCUGUUGUCAGUAAUACUGUCUUAUGGCUGUAGAAUGGAAUAAUUCCUCAUGAUAUUGGUACUGUAGUGGCUAUAGCUUUUGGGUCUGGAACCUCUACAUUUUACAAUAUUUCCAUAACAACUAAAUUGCAUUUUUCACUGUUUUUUGUGUCCAUGGCAGAUGGUGAAUUAACUCCUCGGAUCAGUUCAGAUGCCAGACUAUGAAAAGAAUCAUAUGACAGCGACUCAUCUCUCCAUUUUAUACCAGCUGAACUCAUCUGUUGUGUUAAUCACUGAGGUUGUUUGUGUGUUUCCUACUGUAACACACAAUUAUUACAAGUACAACAGAUAGGAAUUAAUAAUCCAUUUGAAAAUCAUACAGACAAUAGAUACUCAUAUAUUACUUAAAUUACAGCAAAAAGAACAUAAAACAUAGACAUAAACAUCUACUUCUAAAUAUUAAUUUAA